AUGCUGUUUUCCCAAGUUCAAACAACUUUACCUCCUCAGUUUACCGAGUAUCCACAACAAGCUUUCGUACAACAAACUUAUCAACAACAACAGCAACAACAACAUUUGCAAGCUCAACAAGCAUUUCAACAACACCAACAACUUCAACUUUUGAUGCAACAAUCAGGGCAACAUCAACAUCAAUACCAGCCACAGCCACAACAACAACAACAACAACAACAACCUUUUCCUUCCACUCAGCUACCAGUUCUCCAACAACAACAGGUUUAUGCCCAACCAGUGAAUCAAAGUGAAAACUAUUACAUACAAGCACCCAGAGGAUACGGUUAUUCUUCAAGUCUUUCGUCAAAUACCAGCAAUGCAAGUGUACAACAAUAUCCUUUGAAUGAACUAAGACAAGCAAAUGUACAUUCAAUUACUCCCGAAAAACAAAGCAUUAAUUUUAAUUCUGAAAACUACAAUUAUUUGGUUCCAUCUUUACCCCCAUUGAACACAAUUGGGGGCAGUACUGGAUCACAUACUCCUCAACAACAACAUCAGCAACAACCACAAGUCUAUAAUACUUCUCCAUUGUCUGCUACUUAUGUGCACGAAAAUGCCCAAUACGUGGUACCAUCGGUAGACACAGUCAGAGGUUUCCCUACUCGUGGAGGGAUUGUUCCUAAAAGAGGUAGAAAAAGAAGACACACUGCUACUGUUCACAACAUGACUCCUGAAACUGCCGAAAGAAACAGAUGUCGUAUUUGUAACAAACAAUUUAAACGUCCAUCAUCAUUACAAACUCAUUAUUAUUCUCAUACUGGAGAAAAAAUUUUCAAGUGUCCUUGGGAUGGCUGUGGAAGAUUGUUUUCUGUUAAAUCUAAUAUGACAAGACAUUAUAGAUUACAUGAACGUGAUUUCAAAAGAGCUCAAGAUCUUCAAUUUGGACCCUCCCAACCACAACAACCACCACAACCACCACAACACCAAGUACCUGGUAUUGCAGCUUCUCAUGCUCCAACCACAGCUCUACAACAACAAGAACCAUUUAAUACCAAUAAUCAAAAUUUGGGAUCAAGUGAUUCUGCUGCCAAAUCACAAUAUCCUUCUUAUUUAUCAUCUUCAAAUUUACCUACAACUGAUAAUAACCCAUCCAUAUAA